AUGGGCACAUUUAAGCUAACAUGUGUUGCAUCGCAGGGAGCUGGCCAGUACCCAAUUACCUACAUGCCAUUCGGUCAGCCAUAUCAAGCCAUGACUUAUGCACCACAGUACGGCUACUACACGCACAUGGGACCACAGCACAUGCAGGAUCAAAUGCAGCCCCAGCCUCCCCCAGCCAUGGGCCCAGGGGGGAUCCCACACCCAUCAGGACAGGCACCCAACCGCCAGCCAAAGGGCAUGCAGCGGCAGACCAGCUCAACCGACCUGAACGAGGAGACGGCUUCGAAGUCAUCGGAGCGCACCAACAAUGGGGUCAACAGCAUGGGGCCCAUGACGCCAUCCGAGAGGUCGAUCUCUUCAACGUCAUAUGAGCAGGACAACGGACGGAUGUCGCAGGGUGUUGUCACCCUGUACAUUGGGAACCUGGCACCGAACGUGGAUGAGAACCUCCUCCUGAACUACUUUGCUGUGUUUGGCCAGAUAACAAAUGUCCAGGUCAUCCGCGACCGGGACACCAAGCAGUCACGUGGCUUUGCCUUCAUAACGUACGGGCACCCCUACUAUGCGCAGAACGCGAUGACGAACAUGGAUGGUGCAAACAUCGCUGGGCCGUUCGAAGGCCGCCGCCUCAAGGUCGCUUUCUCCAACCGCCGCCCAUGA